AUGCUGGUUGUGUUGGGCUUGGCAUUUUUGACGCUGUCGGCUUAUCGUGCUGUACUUGUGAUGCCUAUUGGACCAUAUGCAAAUACCUUACAAAAUGAUGAGAUCGAUAAUUGUACUUUGGAUUGUCUGAACAGUACCGAUUUUUGUGUGGGGUUUUAUAUUGAGACUGAUACCUGCGAAUUAGUAACCAAUCGUAGCGACGACAGGAUGAAUUUCUACCUCUACGAUCGCAGCGACCGAUCCACACUUGCAUGCCCUGAUGGGAGUGUUCAGGGGCAGGUCGCCAAUGAUGGGAACUGGAACGAAUGGGGCGCGUUCAGCACUUGUUCGGCGAGCUGCGGCAUGAACGGGAUUUACCAGCGGACGAGGACUUGCCCUACAGAACCUCAGCGACGAGGCUACGGUUGCGUCGGCAACGCGUUGGACAUCGAAGCAUGUCCGGAUGAAUUGUGUUAUUUUCCUGCCAUUCCCUGUCAUGAAAAUUAUCGAAAGUGGCUGGACAAAUUGAAGACGAAGGACUACACUUGUCAACUCAUACCCGGGGCCGUCGAUCCGCGACUAGAGCAA